AUGACCACCAAGGGAGACCCGAACGGAGCCGUGGACGACCAGACCCAUCAGGAGAAAGCCAUCGACCAGGCUCAGAAGAGGACCGCGGCCAAGACGGCGGCGGACAUCUUGUCUCGGCCGCGUCUGCCGCCGAAGAAGAAACUAUCGGCUUCCAACUCGACGGGCAAGAAGUUGGGCAAGAAGAACCAGCAACGCCAGCAGGGAACGAUCACCAGGGUCGACGAAGAGGAAGCAGGAGGAGCAGAAGGCCAGGCGAUCGAUAACGAGCAGCUUCUGGAACAGCUCUUGAACCAGACCACCCUCUCGCCCCCUCCAUCGCCCUUGAAAACCCAGACCGAUCAACCGAGUAGUAAUGGAGGAAACCCCACCAGGAGCAACACGAUCUCGCGAAAACUGCAUGAUCUGGGCGAAGACAUCAAGGAGGUGGCCCAUGCCAAACCUAACAGGACCAAGCUCAAGAUCGCCAAACGGAACGCCGCCCAGCUCCAGGCCCAGCUCGACGCCCAACUCGAGUCCCAGCUCUCGCCCAAAAUCGACCCACGGAAGCUCGAAAACGAGGACCUACUCCGGACUUGCAGUGCUCUGAAACUGCAGAUCUUCGAGAUCGUCCCGGAUGGCCAUUGUUUGUUCUCGGCGAUCGCCGACCAAAUGAAUAUCCUAGAGGGCCGGGGGAAGAUCGAGGAGCGCUACACGUACGACCAGUGUCGGAAGAUCGCGGCGGAGUAUAUGCGGGGACAUGUGGACGAGUUCAUUCAUUACUUGCCGGGCCAGGACGAGGGGCUGUCGGCGGGACUGAUGAGUCUGAAGGAGUACCAGGAGCAUUGCGACCGGAUUCUCGCGCUCUCGAAGGCGCUGAAAGUGGCUAUCCAUGUCGUCCAAGCGUUCCAUCCUCCCAUCAAAGUCUCAGACGAGUUCCUCGAACUCCGGGAUAACAAGGCCCUCACGAUCUCAUACCACCGUAAAUCGUAUGGGCUCGGGGAACACUACAACUCUUCCACCUUACUGCUCCUAGUUGUUUGA